CUACUUAGAAACAUAAAAGUUUUCAUUUCGUCUUUAGUUGGUUUCAUCAGUUUUGUAAAAUCAAAUUGUUAUAAUUUGUUAGAACAUUCAAAUGAAAAUAUUUGAAAAAAAAACAAACACAAAUGUUAGUUACUAACCCUAUUAAACAUCAAAUAAUUGAUUGUCUAUUGACCUAGCAACUAUAAUAUGAAUAUUAAUUUCAAUAAUAUAUUAAAAUUAUAUCGUAUUAUUUAUUUAAUCAAUUUAAUAUUGAUUCAAUUUCAAAUGAAUUAUGUUGUAAAAUCAAUAAAUAUCGAUUAUACUAACAAUACUACUGUUAAUACUACUUAUAAUGUAUAUAAUAAUAAUAAUGAAUCAUUUUUAGAAUAUCAAAUUGAAUUCCAUUUAAAUGAUAAUACACCGAUGAAUUUUUUAAUUGGAAAUAUUUUUAUGACAAAUGAUACUAAACAGAAAUAUCCCCAUGAUCACAACCACCACCACCACCACCAAGAACAACAACGACCACCACCACAACAACAACAUGGCAACAUAUUUAUUCGUUCUAUGCUAAUUCCAGAUACAUAUUUUCAAUUAACUAUACAAGGUGAUUUAUAUACACGUCAAGAAAUUGAUCGUGAUUUCAUUUGUUAUCAAUUGAAUUGUUGUUUAUUAGAUUAUUGUCAAAUGAAUAUUGAAGCAUAUUUAUUUAAAAUGAUAACGAAACCAAUGAAAAUUCAAAUUAUGAUUAUUAUUAUAGAUGAAAAUGAUAAUAGACCAUUAUUUCCUAAAUCUAAUACAAGGAAUAACGACAACAACGACAACGACGACGAUGACAACGAUAGCGACGACGACAACAACAACAAUGAAACUUCAAUUGAUGUUUAUGAAUUGAUGAUACCAGAAUCUGCUUCAAUUGGUAAUUGUUAUACAUUACCUAUGGCUAUAGAUAGAGAUUCUCCACGUUAUGGUAUUAAACAAUAUCGAUUACAAUUAAUCAAUAAUCAAUCAAUCAAUAAUGUCAUGAUUAAUCAUUUCAAUUUAGAAUCACCAUUUAGUUUAAUUCAUCCAAAUAAAUCUAAUGAAGAAUCACCUCAAUUACAAGUGAAUUAUAUAUUAGAUCGUGAAAUGAAAUCGAUUUAUUAUUAUCAAUUAAUUGUUGAAGAUUAUGGUCAACCAUCAUUACAAUCGAUUAUGAUAUUAUUGAUUAAAAUUACUGAUAUUAAUGAUAAUCCACCAAUAUUUAUCAAUAAUACAACAGGCACAAUAACUCCUAUUCCUCAUAGGGAUAAUCAUAAUAUCUAUAUUAUGGAGAACUCUACAAUCGGUACCAAGAUCUUACAUUUAUAUACUGAAGAUUUAGAUGAAGGUGAAAAUAGUAAUGUAACUUAUUGGAUUGAUUGGAAAUCAAUAUAUAAUCAUUUAAAUCAAUCAAUUAUUCAAUCAAUUCAAUCAAGAUAUACAUUAAAUCCAUUGAAUGGUGAAUUAUUGAUUUCUAAUUUAUUAGAUUAUGAAAAUCAAUAUGAACGUCAAAUGAUCUUAUUAAUCAAAGCUAUUGAUAAUGGUAUACCAAAAUUAACAUCAACUAUAAGUUAUACAAUUCAUUUAAUUGAUAUAAAUGAUAAUGAACCAGAAAUUGAUAUAGUAUCUAUACAAACUACUGAAAUCAACAAUCAUAAUAGUAGUACUAAUCAAUAUGUAGAGAAUAUAAAUGAUUAUCGAUUAUUUUAUGAAAAUGAUCCAACUCCACAAUUAUUACGAUUAAUCACUAUUAAAGAUAAAGAUGAUUGUUCCAUGAAUAAAAUACAUUGUGAACUCAUUCAUCAAGAAGAAAAUCUUACUGAUUUUCAUUUAAUUCAUUAUUCUAAUUCUGUUUAUGGUUUAUUAAAUCAACAUGAAUUUGAUUAUGAAUUAGAUACAAAUAGUACAGGACAAAUUUUAGUUGGUAUACAAUGUAAAGAUUUAGCUGAACCAUCAAUCAUUAUUAAUAAAUGGUUUAAUAUAACAUUAGAAGAUUUAAAUGAUAAUUGGCCACAAUUUAAUCAAUUAAAUUAUGAAUUUCAUAUUUAUGAAAAUGUACCUAAUCAUACAAUAAUUGGACAAAUUGUUGCUAUGGAUAUAGAUUCUGGUAUCUAUGGUCAAUUAAAAUAUGAAUUAAGAUCAGAUAAUUUACAAUUACUUAAUUUAAUUAAAAUUGAUCCUGUAAAUGGAAUAAUAACUACAAAUAAUUUAUUAGAUAGAGAAUUGAUUAAUAUUCUUCAUGUUUUUGUUACUGUAUCAGAUAAUGCAGGAAUUGAUGGUGGUGGUGAUGUUGAUGGUGGUGAUGGUGGUGGUGAUGUUGGUGGUGGUCAUAGCAACAUGAAUCAUAAUAGAACAGAAUAUUUCAAAUCAACAAUGAAAACAAAUACAACAAGUGUAAAAAUUCAUUUACUUGAUAUUAAUGAUAAUUCACCUCAAUAUAUUGGUCCAUUAGAAAUACAUAUUGAAGAGAAUUUAUCAAAAGGUACAAUUAUAUUGAAUCAAUUCCAUUUUAUUGAUCCAGAUUUAGAAGAGAAUUCAACAAUUAGUAUUCAAUUAAUUGAUUAUCAAUCUUAUUCUUAUUUACCUAAACUAUCUAAUGAAUUCAGUAGUAUCUAUGAUCAUGAAAUGAAUAGUCAUUCUAUUCUAUCCAUUGAUAAUCAGUCAAGAUUAUUUGUAUCUGGUUUACUGGAUCGUGAAACUCAAACUCAAUUUAUGUUAAAAUUGAUCGCUUAUGAUCAUGGUCAAUUCAUACGUCAUACAUGUACCAUUACUUUAACAUGUUUCAUUGAUGAUAUAAAUGAUAAUUCACCAGAAUUAUUAUAUCCAAUAAAUGGUAGUCUUUUAUUUGGUAUAUAUGAUCAAUUGAAUUGGUUUAAUAAUAAACAAUCUAUAUCAAGCAUACCAAUGAAUAUUCCAUAUGGUACAUUAAUCACUACGAUACAUGGGAAAGAUCCAGAUGCUGGUGAAAAUGGUACUAUCAUUUAUUCUAUAGUACCAAGUAAAAUCUCUUAUUUAAAACAACAAAUAACAAAACAAGAUCUUCAAUUCAAUGAUCAAGACAUGAUAAAUAAUCCUAGAAGUCAUCUAAAGAUGAAUGAACAAAACUUAAACUAUCCAAUAGAUCACAAUAGAAAUUACUUAGAUAUUCAUGAAGGAUUUUUUUAUUUUACUAUUAAUGAACAAACAGGUGAAUUAACAACAUUAUGGAAUAAUCAUAAUGAUAAACAACAAAUAAAAAAUCAAUCAUCAUUAUUAAUUAAUAAUCAAUCAAUCAAUAUCAAUCAAUUACCUAAAUUAGGUUUAUAUAUAAUAUCGAUUAAUUUACAAGAUAAAGGAAUACCACAACAUACUACUGAAGUGAUCUUUUAUGUUAAUAUUAGUGAAUCUAUGAAAGAUUCAUUAUAUGAUCCUUAUAUAAGUAAUAAAAUAAUAUUGAUUUUAAUUAUGAUAUGUAUUUUAGUAUUAUUGAUUAGUUUAAUAGCUACUAUAAUAUGGGUACGUUUAAAAUCAAAUAAUCAAUUAUUAAGAUCUAUAUCAAAUCAUUCUUAUAAAGAAUAUAAGUCAAGAAUAAUCAUUUCCCCAGAAACACAUCGUUUAGUCAAUAUAUCUUCUAUCAAUAAUAUAAACUAUGAGAAAGCUUUAAUGAACUUGAAUCAGACAAUAUAUUUACCUUCAGAUAUAUUAACAGGAUCACAAAUAAAAUGGAAUAUUCCGGAAGAAUAUCCUACAUCAAGAGGAUUAUAUGAUGAAACAUUGGUACGAGAGACAUUCAUAAUUAAUAGAGAUGAGAAAUUACCAUCUUAUAUACAACCUUAUUAUAAUGAUCAAUUAUCAAUACAUGUAUAUCCUUAUCAUAUGAGUGAACCAACUGUGACAUAUCCUAAUAGAAAUGAAUGGAUGUCAACAACAACAACAACAACAAUAAAUGGAUAUAAUCCAUAUCAAGAAACGUCAUUGAUCAUGAAACAUUCUAAUGAACAAAUGCUAAAUAUCAUACAUAUGGAUUCAUUGACUGAUAGAAUAGAGUUAUAUGGUAAAGAUAUACAACUAUUAAACAAUGAUAUUAUAUCUACUCAUUUAACAAAUAUCAAUAAUCAAUAUAAUAAUAGUAUAUGUGGUAGUGAUAGUGGUGUAGAUAGUGGAACAGGAAUCAUUAUAACCUCUGAUACAUAUUUACCUAUAACAUCAUAUGAAAAACCUGUUACUAAUAAUAUUGUUCAUGAAAAUCUACAAGAAUUACAUCAUAUAGUUAAAUUGUCACCUAGUAACAAUACUACACCAAUAAUACAAUCGAUUCAACAAGAGAAGUAUGUUUAAUAGAAGAAAACACCAACGAUUUCAAAAUGAAUCUUUUCCCAGUGUAAUCUGUUUUUUGUUUCAAUUACAGUUCAGGUGAUUAUAUCCAAUACAACUUGUUUACAUCAUAAUAGACCUGACAAUUCAAUGAAUAGUCUAUAACAACAACAACAACAACAAGAAGGAGAAACUGGUUGAAACAAUAGCGUCAAACUAUAUAUAGGUGCAAAUUAUGUUUUUAUUGCUUUCAUUGUAUUAUCUAUACUACUACUAUUAUUAUUGUUGUUGUGAUAGGGUUGAUAAUUUCUUUUUUAAAUUUUGAUGUUUUUAUCCAUUGAA